CCUGUCCUCACGAUGCAGCCAUCCAGCGCACCUCCUGCAUUCCCCCGGCCCAGCCCCCCUCUCCACUCUCCUCUCCUCCCCUCCUCUCCGAGUGUGUGAUCUACGGUCACCGCUCCAACCAGAGAAGUUCUGGGUGAAGAACCACAAGGAAACAACCAAAACCGAGGCGAUGGAUCCGCCAAAGGACUAACAGUGCGACGGGAAAUGGAGCUCAGGCUCUCAGUGUCGAGCUGAAGAACGCAGAGACAAACAGAGGACAGAAGAAGCUAGAGGUUCAGCAAGAGGCUCUCUGGCCCCAUGUCUGCCCCUGCACCAGCCAGUAGGAGGUCUGGGUUGGGCUCUCGCCGGUUUGACUAUUGCAGGUUCAUAGAACUUGACUACGUCCCCAUGGAGACAGGCUAUAUGGUGUCAAUGCGCCCGACUAAAGGCCUUGCAGCAACAAAAUCGCCGACUAAAGGAUACACUUCCACCAAGUCUCCUGAUCGCCACAGCCGCUCUUCAAACUCUCCCUCAACCCCUAAUUCCCGGCGGACACCAGCCCAGCCCAGUAAUAGAGAUCCUUAUGGCAACACCUCCCUCAGCAGCAGCAGCAACUCAGGCUCUUGUAAAGGCAGCGACUGCAGCCCAACCAAAGGACGUCAUAAAAAGUAUGGUUCAUGUACGGAAAACCAUGGUAUCAGACCCCCACCACCAGAGCAGUACCUUACACCUCUGCAACAGAAAGAGGUGUGUAUACGACACCUGCGGGCCAGGCUAAAGGAAACCAUCACCACUCUGCAAGACAGGGACACAGAGAUAGAUGAGCUGAGAGGCCAACUCUACAGGAUGCAAGAGGACUGGGUUGAGGAGGAAUGUCACCGUGUGGAAGCUCAGCUGGCCCUGAAAGAGGCGCGCCUGGAGAUCCAGCAGCUCAAACAGGCUGUGGACACUGUUCGUGCCAGGCUCAGUGAUGCUGGGGGGCUAAGUGGGGAUGUAAGUGUCCAGAAGUACUUUCAGGACAUCAACACCCAAAACCACAAGCUUGAGAACCUUUUGCUCAACAUGGAGAUAGCCCAGGCUGGAUUAGCCAAGGAGGGGGAAGCAAUACCAGGCUUUCGGAUGCGUGUUGGUGGUUCAGCCCCAGCAUCUGUAUCAGGUGAAAGUCCAGGGGGUGUACCCAAACCAGCAGUAGGUGGGAGAGGGUCUUGCUCCUGUGAUGCUUCCCCAGCCCGUUCUCUGACAAGGAGCUCCACCUACACUAAGCUGAGCGAUCAAGCACUGGCGGACCGGAACAGCAAUGGCCAAGACUUUCCUUGUCUUUCAGGUGAUGGUACCCAGGACAGCGGCAUUGUGUGCGGUGAGAGCAGUGUCCCCAGCCGGGCCGACCUGCUGCUGGAAGCUGCUUUCCUUUCUGAGGAAACAGCAUCUUUACUCAACUCCUACACACAGGCAUUUGCCCACUCUCUGCCCAUCCCUCUGCCCCACUCACUGCCUCACACUUUCUCCCAAACCUUACCUCAUUCUUUCCCUCACAAUUUGUCCCACUCUGUGCCCCACACUAUGCCGCAUUCCGCUACCUAUGACAGUGUGUGCACAGGCGAGCGAAUGGCACCUUUUCGCUGCGGCCUGGGUGGAGUAGGCUGUAUUAGCCAUCCAUGCCUGUCUCACCACCACCUCUACCUGCACCCCUUGCGUGAAACAGGCAUUCAGACAGAAAGCUGCCCCAUUCCUGCAACUGCAGGUUACCCAUCUGAUCUGGACACUAUUGCUGAGCAACGCACUUUCCGCUCCCAGGCCUGCAGCCCCACCUCCACCUGGAUGUCUGAUGAGGGGGAGGAGGAGUUGGACUCAAUUACCACUACAACUUCAGUUACCACAGCAACAGUCAUGAGCACGGCCACAGAGCCGAUUCCAGUGUCCAGAACACCGUCUGUCCCUACCUUGCCCCGGUCUGCAACUGUAGCAUGUUCAAUGGAUAGUCCUCUGUGUGCGGGGAAAGAUGAAGUGGAGGAAGAGGAAAAGCAGGAGAGAGAGAAAAGAGAGAAGGAGCUUCCAACUCCAGAAAAGCAGGAGAAAACAUUAGUGAUCAGACUGGCAGAAGAAGGGCAGCUGUCGCAAACCACCUUGGUGAAAGGCAAUGAGGGGGAAGCUGAGCAUGAGGUGGAAGAGGAUGUUUCAGCAAAAGGUUGUGAUUUAUCAGAGACAUCAGCAGGGAUAGAGGGUAAUCUAACAUUUGGCGGCUGCUGUGGAGAAGGCAAACUGAGUGGGACAUCAGUUGCAAAUCUCAAAUUGGAAGACAUGCACCAAGAAAGUGGUGUAUCAGCAGGAACAACCCAGGUAGAGACAACAGAGCCAACUCCAAGUGCGCCAGGAUUCUCGCCAGGCACAGAACAGCCUCACACCUCCCAACCAAGGAGUUCUGCUUCCCACAUGGAACUAGCUGGUGUCACUGUAGUCGAGGUCCAUGAUGAGGACAAUGAUGAAGAUGAAACUGAAGAGCAGAGCACAACAGGGGGCGCCACAGCAGAAGGGGGAGAUCCAUCUGGUCCUGGGACAAUUGAGAAAAGCUACUGGAGUCGACACUUCCUGGUCGAUUUGCUAGCAGUGGCCAUCCCCGUGGUGCCGACAGUGGCUUGGCUGUGCCGUGGUCCCGUCCGUGGUGGACAGCCCAUGUAUCAUAUAGGAUCGCUGCUUCGAGGCUGUUGCACUGUGGCGCUGCACUCACUGCGCAGGGGAGGUGGGUUGAGGCAUUACCCCGCAGGCGGGGGAGACCUGGGUGGAUCACUGAUUUAGGAGGAGAUUCUGCUCUACACCCUGCUUGGUCCUUAAGUACAACCACAGCUGUAUGGGUCUGGGUCUUCAUGUUGUCGGGAGAGAGAGAGAGAGGCAGAGAAUAGAGGAAGAGAAAAAUCUUCCUGUUUUGCUUUUCUGAUCAUGGUUGGAGGCUGCGAGUAGCAUCUGGUACAGGGAAUGCUGAUGAUAAAAAUCCCCAGGCCGGUAAAACUCUGUUCUGUUUGGUACGGCUUCUUACCGUCUUUCAUCCACUGGUCCUUGCUGUUGCUAUCAAGAUGUCUGCUAACAUUACUGACUUGUGCAAAACUGAAUGAGCUGAAUGAAAUGAAUGACCUACUGAAUGCUUGGACAUUAAUCAAUGAUUGUUUUGUUUUUAAAUGCAGGGAAAUGUCAAAUGUUUUGUUCAUCUGUGGCUCAAUUUUGACAUGUAAAAUGAUCAAGUGUUGGUGAGUGUCUACAUGAAUACAGUAUGUAUGUAUAAGAGUAUGUACACGUAUAAUCAAAUGUUCCUGUUGUUUGCAGAAGUGACUUAACACAGUGCUCUUUGACCCAUGGCAAAGAGAAAACCCAUUACAGAUGCUGAAGCGACACCUUGUUGGUGAAAGGAGACAGUUUGGGCUUUCGAUUUGUGUCUUUGACGUCGUCAAGACCAAGAACAUUGAAUUAAUUGUUAAAGUAACAACAACAUAUUUUUACACUAAGACUAGAACCAGGGGAAACAGUGAGCAAAGCAAACCUACGAGCGCCUAUAAAACCGUCUUCUAACAUGAGUCCUUCGUGUUGUCUUUGCACAGGUAAAGUGUAAAAACAACAUCAUGUGGCUUUAAGGGGAAUCAAUGCUGGAACUAUUUAAUCGUUUAACAACACAUCUGUCUUUCUCAUAAUGAGAUAGAGAUAUUAGAACAGUAAUCAUAAUAACAACAUGAACAUUAGGGUUAAGGAUGGACUUCUUCCUGUACCUAAAUCAAGUUUUCUAUGGCAUGCGCCUGAAGCCUUUGAAAUAACUGAACUAAGUAAAUGAACUAAAUUGGAUUACUUAGAUUUCACAUUACACACAUAGUAAAUCUCUUUAACUCAUAAGUCUAAUAGGAAGGUCAUAGUAUAAUCAGACACGUGUUUGUAGAUACUCACUGGCUCAGUUUGACACUUCGAUGUAGAUCUGAUUAAGGUGGGUCGUGCUCAGUCUGUGCUUUGUGCUGUAUAUUUCUUGCUAACAUAAUGCUCUUGUGGUGUAGUUUAACUGUCACUCUAGUGGUGUGUAUUUCAAGUCCACCAUACAAGAGCAAGUCACUGUAAAAAACUUUUUUUUGUUUAAGAAUCAUUCUGCAAAGUAUUGUUUAGUUAUAGAGAAUUCAAUUUAGCAAAUCAACAGGCUAUCUAGUUUGUAAUUGCAUUUAGGAUCAGGGUAUUGUCUUUGAAUGUGCUUUUUGAGAGGAUUUUAAUGAAAGUGGCAUCUAAAGGCAACUCACUCUGUUAGCUGAUCAUGUCCAGAUGUUCAAUUGUAUGUGUAAUAAGGGCAAAUGAGCAACAUACAAAUAUAAGAUCUGAAUCUUUUUGACUGUCAAAGCCAAACUUAUGUAAAGAAACACCCCCAACACAACCAAAAGAAAUACUGUGAUGCCUACUCAAUUGUUUAGUUCUUCAGUGAAGAAAUAAGCAGCGUGAACUUCCUCUGUUUGAAUUAUCGGUUGACAUGUUUUGCACUAUUGUUCACUUUAUGGAUUUGAAGCAAUUACUUGAAGUUGAGAUUGUAUGUCCAUUAAGUUCUGGUUGAUUGUUCUGUUGCUCUUUAUUUAUUUGAAAGCUCUGAUGCUCAAUAGAUCCUAAGAGUGAAAUUAAUGACGUUAUUUCUAUAAAUACUAUAAAGCCAUUCAUCCAUGCUAAGAGCUACUGAUCUGAGCUCUUCAUAUAAUAGAUUGUAUCAAAAGACCCUAAAAGAAAAAACAGACAUGUGAGUCCAAACGCUGUUUAAAUCACUUGCCGACAAUAAGCAGAGUUUAUGCCAUUUGUUCAAAUUAUAAAAUAGUCUGUCAACGUUGACACGCAUGACAAUCUGUGUCUGUGUUUGGAUGUUACAUCACUGAUGUAAAAGAUCCCUAAAAGCAGCCGCAGCAGCAGCAGCAGCAGCAGCCAUGAACAGUGCAUUGUCAUCCAUGUAGAUUAAAUAAAUGCCUCAGAGACACACAGGACUGUCUGUUCAUCGCUAACACAUGGUCACAUUUGCGCGUCCAUCACCACGUUGUGUUCCCAUUAUUACUGUAAAGAACUGCUUUGCUAAAGUGUAUAAGGAGGCUCAAAUGAUUUCAUGUUCUGCCAAAAGCCAUAAAAGCCUGUCAGGGUACAGGCGUAAAAAUGUGGGAGGCGGCCUCCUCCUCUCAAUGUUACCGUAUGGAAGUAAUGUAAAUGAUGAUGUAUAUGAGCAUUGUACUUUGAUUACAGUCAAUCGAACUCUCCUGCUGUCACUAAAUACAGGUUAGUGUCCUAAACAGAGUGAGAGAGGGAAGAUUAAGUGAACUUGUGAUCCUUUAAGAGGUUUCGACUUGUUGUGGUUAGCAGCAAUCAUCUCAACCCUCUUUGUUUUACCUCUAUGCACUACAGUCUACACUUGCGUUAUUUUUUCAUGUAUGUGAGCAGCUGAUAUGUUCAAUACGUUAAAGGAAGAAUAUGUGAUUUUUCACACUUAAAUGUAGCAGAAAUCAAGUAUAGCCUCUAAAAAUAACUGA